GGAACCCAUCUCUGCGUAAUAUAACCAAAAAUUAGUUUUCAAUUUUGAUAAUUUGUCAAAGUUUAUUUAUUCUGUUUUUCACAUUUAUAUUUUCAAAAGAAAAAAAAAGUCUGUUUACUUUCCUUAUUGUAAAUAAAUAAGUGAACAUGCCUACAAUCGGAGUUAAACGAGAUCUUUUAUUUCAAGAACUAGGAAAAUCGUACUCUGACGAUGAAUUUCAAAACCUGUGUUUUCAAUUCGGUUUGGAAUUAGAUGAAGUGACGUCAGAAAAGCAAAUAAUCGCAAAAGAACAGGGCUCAGAACAAAGUGAUGGUGCGUCGGAGGAAAUUAUUUAUAAAAUUGAUAUUCCUGCCAAUCGAUACGACCUAUUGUGCUUGGAAGGUUUGGUGACAGGACUCCUCGUCUUUUUAGAAAAAGUACCCUUACCCCGUUAUAAAAGCAUUAGGCCGAAAAAUGGAAUGCAAAAGAUCGUUAUGAAAAAGUCUUGUUUACAAGUGAGGCAACAUUUGGUCGCUGCAGUCUUGAGAAAUGUAACUUUAACCCAGGAUUCAUAUAAUAGCUUCAUUGAUCUGCAAGAUAAAUUGCAUCAAAAUAUUGGCCGAAAACGCAGUCUUGUUUCAAUUGGUACUCACGAUUUAGAUACAAUUCAAGGACCAUUUGUUUACGAUGCGAAACCACCGGAAGAGAUUUUCUUCAAACCUCUUAAUGCGGAAAAAGAAUAUACCGGAAACGGUAUCAUGGAACUCUAUUCUAAUCACGCUCAAUUGAAGCAAUUCUUACCAAUUAUUAGGGACAGUCCUGUGUAUCCUGUAAUUUACGACAGUAAAGGUGUAGUACUGUCGUUGCCGCCAAUUAUUAAUGGGGACCAUAGUAAAAUCACUCUUGAUACAAAAAAUAUUUUCAUCGAAUGCACUGCUACUGACCUUACCAAGGCGCGAAUAGCAGUUGACACAGUAGUAACUGCUUUCAGCCAUUACUGUUCCGAAAAGUAUGUUGCAGAAUCAGUUGAGGUGGUUUACCCCGAUGGACAAACAUUUUACUAUCCUGACCUAAAGUACCGAACUGAAAAAGUAAAAAGUGAUAAAGCAGCACGAUACAUUGGUGUAGAACAAACUCCGGAUGAAGUCGCAAAAUUAUUAUCAAGAAUGCACUUAAAGACGGAAGUCGAAAAGGGAAAUGAAUUGUUAGUCGAGAUUCCACCUACACGGCAUGAUGUUAUUCAUCCCUGCGACAUUUACGAAGAUGUUGCAAUUGCUUAUGGCUAUAAUAAGAUAAGAAAGACUUUACCACAAACUAUGACUAUUGCAGCAGAGUUACCUUUGAAUAAAUUAACGGAUCAGGUCCGUCAGGAAUUGGCUUGUGCUGGAUUUACUGAAGCUUUAACCUUCUCUCUGUGUUCGCGAGAUGACAUUUCGGAAAAAUUGGGUCACGAUAUGAAAACCAUUCCUGCAGUUCAUAUAUCAAAUCCAAAGACUCUUGAAUUUCAAGUGGCAAGGACAACACUUUUGCCAGGAAUCUUGAAAACUGCAGCUGCAAAUAAGAAGAUGCCAUUACCUCAUAAAUUAUUUGAAGUUUCUGAUGUUGUGGUCCGCGACAAUGAAACUGAAGUUGGUGCUCGUAAUGAAAGACAUCUUUGUGCUCUCUAUGGCAAUAAAUCGGCAGGAUUUGAAAUUAUCCACGGACUUCUUGAUAGAAUGAUGAAUCAACUUGAAAUUUCCUGGGAUGCUAAUAAGGAUAACAGUGGUUACUACUUGCGAGCUGCCGAUGAUCCAACAUUUUUCCCACAACGCUGUGCCGAAAUUAUUGUUUAUGGUAAAACAAUUGGUAAGAUGGGAGUUUUGCAUCCGAAUGUUAUUUCGAAAUUUGAAUUGUGUCUACCAUGUUCAGUUCUAGAGAUAAAUAUUGAAUGUUUUUUAUAAAUUCUUUUUUUUUAAAUCAAUUUUAUAUCGUGAAUGUACAUAUAAUUUAUAAAUAAUAAUAAUAAUAAUUUUCGAUAUAAAAUAAAAAAAUUGAAUAUAUUUUA